AUGGCUACGGAGACGGACAAGAGGAAGGAGAGUGCAGUGGGAUUGAACUACCCGAUGUUGACAAAAAGUAACUAUAUUGUGUGGUCACUGAAGGUGAAAGUCUUUAUGCAAGCACAUGGUAUUUGGGAGGCAGUUGAACCGAAGGACCCUGAGGCUGUGAUAGAAGAGAAGAAGGAUAAACUAGCCUUAGCUGCGAUAUAUCAGUGCAUUCCAGAUGACAUGUUGCUUACUAUUGCAGAGAAGACGACAACCAAAGGAGCUUGGGACGCAAUCAAAACUAUGUGUUUGGGUGCAGAUCGGGUAAGGAAAGCUAAAGUGCAAACAAUGAAGGCAGAGUUUGAAUCCCUACGGAUGACAGAUGGUGAGGCGUUGGAUGAUUUUUGUAUGAGGUUAAAUGCUCUGGUCACUAAGAUACGUGAAUUGGGAGAGGAUAUGGCAGAGUCAUACGUGGUUAAGAAGCUGUUGAGAGCCAUGCCUCCAAAGUUUCUCCAAAUUACGUCGACAAUCGAACAAUUUGGGGACCUUGAGGUCAUGACCGUUGAAGAAACUAUUGGGUCUCUUAAGGCUCAUGAUGAAAGGCUAAAAGGAUCGACUGAGCACACAAGCAACCAGUUGUUGCUGACAAAAGAUGAGUGGAAGAAACGUGAGAUUGGUGAAGGGCAAUUACUAAUGACCAAAGAAGAAUGGGCCAAGAAAUAUGAGAAGGGAGGCACUGAAACAUCAAGGAGUCAGAGAGGUGGUAACUACUACAAUCUAAACAGGAGGCAAAUCUGA